AUGUCGUCAAUGGAUCUUCGCAAGAAAGUCGGCCAGUCCCUGACUCUCGCUCUCCAAGAAGAGGCCAAGCAAGCGGGCCAUGAACACCCCCUUUUCAUUGGCAUUGACCAGGAGAACGGACUGGUCACGCGUAUAUGUCCUCCAAUUUCGGCGCAGAUGCCGGGAUCUAUGGCUUUGGGGGCCACCUAUGAUCCCGAGCUCGCCUAUCAAGUAGGUGCGCUCACCGGCGAGACAUUGAAUGUCUUCGGAAUCAACAUGAACUACGCUCCAGUGUGUGAUAUCAAUUCAGAGCCGCUAAACCCCGUCAUUGGGGUCCGAAGCUUCGGAGACGACCCCAGCCUUGUCGGGCGGUUCGCAAGUGCCAGUGCGCGAGGUCUUCGGGAGAAAAAGGUGGUCCCCAGCGUCAAGCAUUUCCCUGGUCAUGGCGACACAGCAGUGGACUCUCACUACGGGCUUCCUGUCAUCUCAAAGACCAGGGAGCAGCUAGAUCAGUGUGAAUUGAGACCUUUCCGUCGAGCAGCAGCUGAAGGUGUUGAAGCCGUGAUGACCGCGCAUAUUUCCCUCCCUAACAUCGGAGACGGAAAGCUCCCCGCUACGCUGUCUGCCGAUGCCCUCAAUAUCCUCCGAAAGGAUAUGCAGUAUGACGGGAUGAUCAUUACGGAUUGUCUGGAAAUGGACGGUAUUCGUGCGACGUAUGGCAGCGAGAACGGCGCAGUCCUCGCGCUAGGUGCUGGAUGUGACAGUAUCAUGAUCUGCCAUACUUAUUCCGUUCAGGUCGGUGCCAUUGACCAGAUUUGCCAGGCUAUUGAAUCUGGCCAAAUCCCGCAAGCUCGUCUGGAUGAAGCCUAUCGGCGAGUGGCCUCACUGAAAAGCCGCUUCCUUAGCUGGAAUACAGCAUGUCAACCCCCGAGCCUUGACAGUAUGAAGCUCCUCAACGAAAAAGGGGUGUCGUUAGCUCGAGAGGCCUAUUCUCGCUCGAUAACUGUCGUCCGUGACAAACCGCAGACUCUUCCGCUGGCGAAGGAUUCUACGAUUGUGUUCCUGUUUCCUGGAGAAAAGACCCCGGCUGGUGGUGCGGUUGACGGAGAAGGCCUAGGAAGAAAGGGGGAGUACAAUGCCUCCCUUUAUCUUCAGGUCUUGCAGGCAUGGAACAAGAAUGUCACAGAAAUCCGCUACGGGACCGCCGGACUGUCUGCUGAACAGUGGGCUCUCGUUGAUGCGGCCGAUGUCGUCAUUUUUACUUCAAUCAACGCCAGGGAAUCCCAGUUCCAGAAGGCACUAGGCCUCGCAUUGCCUCACCGCGCGCGGAAGCUGGUCGCUAUCGCAGCCUGCAAUCCGUACGACUUCUUAGACGACCCCAUCAUUGAGACGUACAUCGCUACGUACGAACCUACGCUCGAAGCAUUUACCGCUGCGGCCGCUGCAUUGUUCGACCCUGACUCCGCAAAGGGGGCAUUGCCUGUUGGACCAAACAAGCCCAUUCCAUCACACUUCACUGUCGAGCCAUAUUAUGCGGCGACUGACUUUUCCGGUCUGGUGGGUGUUUGGAAUGACUCCCUCCCCACUUAUCCGCUGAGCGCGGAUAUUCUGCGCAAGGUGCUGCUCCCGGGAUUUCACUUCGUAGCUCGAACUGCUUCUCCCGCUCCUACAGUGAUCGGAUUCUGUCUUGUGCAAACCAAGACGAAAGGGCCAAUGACGUGCGCUCAACUGGCGGCAUUGGCCGUCCACCCCAAGUACCAAGGACAAGGGGUUGGCACGGCGCUGAUUGCGAAAGUCCGUGAAUGGCUUCGGCAAAGCUGCAGGUCGCACCGGCUCGAGCUCGGCAGCUCAUUCCCUCGCUUCUGGCCGGGAAUCCCGACAGACCUGCCAUCCAGCGUGCAAGAAUUUUUCGUCCAUCGGGGCUUCCAACUGGACCCUCCCACUUCUCGAUCGGUAGACCUGUACCAGGACAUUCGGGGAUUCCAAGCUCCAGAAAAAUAUGUCACGCGAGCCCGAGAGGCGGGAUACACGUUCCGGCCCUUAGCUAUUGAUCCAUCCGGGGGUGAGUAUGAAUGCUGCUUGGAUGGGCAAUUGAGGAACUUUUCCGACAACCAGGACUGGGUCCAGAUGUACCGGGUGCUGGAUCCCGCACAGUAUCCGUCCAGCGUGAUGGUGGCAUUUGAUCCAGAGGGCCACCAGGUGGGAUGGACGCUCAUGUUGGGCCCGUCGUCUCCGAUUCUGCAGAAGAACUGGGCGUUCCCUCCGCUCUGCGGGCCGAAUACCGGCUUGAUCGGGUGCGUGGGGGUGGACAAGGACCGCCGCAAAGGCGGAAUCGGCCUGGCGCUGUUGUGCCAUGCGAUUGAACAUAUGAAAGGGAGGGGGGUGGAAGGGGUGUUUGUGGACUGGGUGGCCCUGGAGGGAUGGUACGAGCAGCUUGGAUUCAAGACCUGGCGCAGCUACCGGACGGGGAAGAUGAAGGAUCAGGCGUAG